CUUUAAUCAAUUUCUGUUUUUUUUUUUUUUAAAUUCUACUAUGUAUCAAUCUUUUAUCGAAUGAUGCAAUCUGUUCGUUGUUUGUUUUUUUAGAAUUCAUGUUCAAUUUGAUGUGUUGUUAAAUUAUAAAUAUUUGUUUAUGUUUAGCUAUUUUUUUGGUUGGAUUUCGCGGGGGUUCGUGUCAGGAUCUAUAGUGAUUGAGCUCUGAGUAAUGUUGUCGCUAACUUUCUGUCUCAAGCACGCGGUGAAGCCCAACACUCUUUGAUCAUACCUCGUCGAAUUCAUCUCUACCUUCCUCUUCGUCUUUGCUGCAGUAGGCUCUGCUAUGUCUUCUAGGAAGAUGAUGCCGGAUGCUACAACAGAUCUGUCUACACUUGUAGUGGUUACGGUAGCGAAUGCAUUUGCAUUGUCGGUAGCGGUUUAUACAGUGACUAAUAUCUCCGGCCACCAUGUGAACCCGUCGGUCACGGUCGAGAUGGCGAUUAGGGGUCAUAUUACUGUUCCUAUGGCUAUUUUUCACGGGAUUUCACAGUUAGUUGGGUCUGCAAUGCCUUGUCUUUUCUUAAAAGUUACCACCGUCUCACAACAUGUACCUGUCCAUGGAAUCCCACAAGAAAUGACUGGGUUUGGAGCAUCCAUUUUGGAAGGGGUGAUGACAUUUGGUUUGGUCUACACAGUUUAUGCAGCCAGGGACCCGAGACGUAGUCCACUGGGAGCAAUUGGACCCUUAGCAAUUGGGUUCAUUGUAGGAGCCAAUGUAUUGGCAUUCGGGCCAUUUACGGGCGAGUCAAUGAACUCGGCUUACGCGUUCAGGUCAGCUCUUUUUGGAGGCAGUUUCCAGAACCAUGUAGUCUAUUGGGUCGGACCUUUAAUCGGGGUCUGCUCUUGUUGGUAUCCUAUAUGAUAAUGUGGUCUUCCCGGUUCAAGUACCUGGCAUUGCAGAUGGAGUUGGGGUUUAAUUAAAUGCAGGAAAAUGUUGAUUUUGUUUUAUUUUAUUUUGGGAAAGAUAAAUUAGAAUAUUCUAUACAACGAAAUUAUGAUCAUUUAUUGAAAAAGAUUUGUAUAAUGAAAUUAUGAUCAUCUAUAUAAGGAAAAGAGAUAAUCUGUAUAAUGAAACAUAUUUAUUGACUCUGUAUU